GAUAUAUUUUGUAUAUUCCACUUGCAGCUACGUUUUUGCUUUGUUAUUUUUUUUCUUGCUAGUUGGAAUUUUAUAGAAUUUGCAUUUUCAAUAUGCAUUUAAAAGUUGUUUAUGUGACUGUUGGCACCACCAAAUUCGAUGGACUCAUCCGAGCGAUGACAUCAGAUGCAGUUUUAUAUGCAUUGCAAAAACGCAAAUGCCAGAAACUUGUUUUGCAGCAUGGAAACUCAUUGCCGGCUGAGGAAACCGAACUGAAGCUUAUCAAUGAAAAAUACGGCAUCGAGGUAGAGCAAUACAAGUUCCGCCCAAAUAUAGAGGAUAUCAAAGGAGCAGAUUUGAUUAUCGGACAUGCGGGUGCAGGCACCUGCAUGGAUAUAUUGAACAAUCAGAAACCCGGAAUUAUUGUUGUCAACGAUGAACUAAUGGACAAUCAUCAACUUGAAUUGGCUGGACAAUUGGCAGCCGAGGAGUAUUUGUUCUACUGUCGAGUGAGCGAGUUAGCCAGAAGUUUAGCCAUACUGGACUUUGCCUUCCUUAAACCUUACAUAGUAGAUAAAGCUAAUAUGACAAAGUUUGUGAAUGCUUUGAAUGGACUGAUGAGACAAUAGACCAGCUUUGUUUUUCGCCCUCGACAUCCGAAGUGGACGCCUAGGCUAAGCUAUAUGUGUAUAUAUUUUGAGUAAACACGAUUACAUGAACAUUA